CACGGCCGCUCGGAGCGCGCGCACGUGGGGUCCGUCUGCCGUGCAUCUUUUGUCUGGCCGGCGAGGGGCCGUCGCGACGCAUCUCUCUCGCGCUGCGUGGAAUCCGCGUCACGUCACGAGACGUCCCCCCACGCGCGUGCACGCAGGCGCUUUCCGCUCGCCCAUGGACGCCACCUGUAGGCUGGAGCGUCACGUGGCCAGCGUGCACAGAGGGAUGGUCUUCCUCGAGCACGAGCACCUCGCGCUGCUGGCCGGCCUGCACGUGGAAAUCGCAAAGCUCAAGAGGAGAUGCCAGGAGCUGAGUUGCGAGCUCGACUCCCGCUUCCCACACCGGACGUCAACGGCAGGAGAGGAUGAAGCGGAACUGGCCUCGCGCUGCGAGGCGGCGCAGCGCCUCCUGGAGGAGCGGAGCGGCGCGACGGCGGCCGCCCACCGGGAGCUGCGCCUGGGGGGCGCGCGGGCAUCCGAUCUAGGACGCAGCCUCCGCAGGGACGAGCGCCACUUCCUGGAGGAGCUGAAGCGGCGCAGCCACAAAAUCACCAUGCUGAGUCGCGAGCUGCAGCGGCAGAAGGGCGCCACGGCCGCCCUGUGCCGCCAGCUGAGCGCCGCCCGCGCCGAACUGCGCAGCCGGCGUCGCGGGGCGGGCGCCGCCCAGGAAGACGGGGACCCGCUAACCCCGGAGGAUGAAGAUGGGGCGGAUGACGAAGACGGGGGCACCGAGGGACUCCCGUCGCCGCCCCCUGGAUGCCGCCCGCCGGCGAGACCCAACGUGAGGGCGGAGCGGGUCAGGGCGUGCGUCCCCCGGGAAAGGGUGACGUCGCCACAGAGGCCGGGCCCGAUGCCCGACCCCAACCUCUUCCUGGUGGCCCCUCGGUACCGCCUCCUCCGCUGGAGCCGACAAAUCGGACUGCGAGACGGCGGGGCGGACGACUGGGAGGACGUGGACGAGGGCGGGGGCCUGCGGGGGCGCGUGGACAUGGGCGGCGCCGAGGGGGAGACGGCCUUGUGAUGGCGUCCGUUCGCUCACGUUGGAAGGGCAGGAAGCCAAGCGCGCAUGUGUCAUUUUUUUUGCACUUUCUUGCUUUUUAUCGGACAGAUGCGCUCGAUGACAUCACGAGAAUUUUGUGUCUUCAUGUUGACUCGAUGACAAAUGAAGUCACAACUUUACAAACUUUUGGUGUCUCCAUUUCAAAUUUUUAACAACAACAACAACAAAAAAAAUCAUUAGAUUGACAAACCUAAAUAGAGCUUAUGCACCUACGUCAUAAAGUUCCGUGUCUUUUGUUUACGUCGCCAU